CGCUCCCAACAAGCACCUGCAACCACCAUGAACACACCUAGUACUGUUGGAGUUCCUCGCAGUCUGCUCUCGACCGUAUUCCUUUUGCACGUCGCAUUAGAAAUCCCUUUGGCAGUCCAGGCGAUAUGGGCUCCUGCAAGUCUCCCGUUCCGACAGCUCAAUAACACGACGCUGGUUAUCUUAAAAAUGUAUGCUGCGCUGUCAUUGGGGAUGUGCCUCGCAUCCGUACUAUGCUUUUCUUUGCCAGAUAUUCUUCCAGGGAAAAGGGCGUUCGCGUUGGGCCUCUGUCUAUACCACACCGUCUGUUCGACGAUAUUAUUCCAGGCGCCUCGGUUCAUUCCAUAUACCUUCGGGCCUCUAUGCGAGCAGUAUAUGGUAACCCCGGAAAUAACAUGGAGUGUCAUGCACGGAUUAGUAGGUUUCACAUUUAUGAUAUGGUGGCAAUCGACAGUGUCGGCAGUUCAGCCAGCCAGGAAAACGAAUUAA